UCCAAGAGCUUUAGGAGCUGACCAGUUCCCUCCAGACUGCUGGUGUGGGGCCCUGGGCGGGGCCCCCAGGCUUAAAGAGCCUGAACCCACCUGGGCUGUCCUCAGCUCAGCAGGUUCCUCAGAGCUGCUCUCUGCAUCAACCUGACUCAGCCCUGCAGACUUGCCCUGUAUCCUGACAUGGCGGGACGAACCGGUGCCGGUCUGCUGGUGCUGGCGGGUCUGCCUGCCUUGGAAGCCAACGACCUAUUUGAUAAAGAUAGCCCCUUCUACUACGACUGGGAAAGCCUGCAGCUGGGCGGCAUGGUAUUUGGAGGGCUCUUGUGCAUCGCUGGAUUUGCCAUGGUCCUGAGGAGCAAAUGCAAAUGCAGAAACAAUCAGAAGGCCAGUCCCUUACCUGAGGCAGCCACUUCACUCACUCCAGGUUCUGCCAAUAUCUGCUGAACACAGGAUGAGACUGGAAGGACCGUGGUAUCUGCAAGCCCUUGCCAGCCCACUGCUGUCCCUCCCCACUGGUGACCUUCUCCAGAAAGGCCUCUCCAGACACGCCGUUGGGCCUCUCUCAUCUGAGGCUGUCCAAAGCUUAUUUUACAUUAAACUGGUCUCGCCACUCCC